AUGAAAGCAGACUCUUGGCUUGAAUUCAAAAACUCUGAACUUUUUUUUUCCAUGAACAAUUUUCAUGAAAAUUCUAUCAACCGAAGGUUAUUAAGUGGAAAUCCAAAGUUUCUCUGUGGUGAAAUACAACCCAAUGAACUAGUUCAUGUUGAGCAAGAAAUUCUCUUUGAAGCUAACAGGAAGAACAUGACGACUGAAAUAUUGCACAAUUUUCCUGUUCGUGUUACAAGAAAAAAUUUGUAG